UUUUCCACCAACGCGAGCGGCCCGCUUUGCGGGAGGGCGACAUUAUACAUAAACCACCCUGUAUGCUCCAGUUAUGUGCUUUACAACCGCUUUUCGCCAUAAUAUCCACUUACCACACAAUAACUCCCAAGCCUUCCACUAAGCUAGACGUGGCCAUCGUUCACCAUCAUGUCUUCGAAACUCACCGUGAUCGCCUGUAGCGCCAUCCUCCUCAACUAUGUGAGAAGCGCAGCUGUCCCUUGCUCCUCACCGCAAUACCUCGUAACCUUUGGCGACUCGUACUCGCAGACGGGCUUCGACACGUCCCUCGCCAAGCCCACGGCGUCGAACCCGCUCGGCAACCCAGCGCUGCCGGGGUGGACGUCGAGCGGCGGGCUCAACUACGUGGGUCAGCUGGCGGGGAAGACGGUAGGCAACGACGGGGCCGCGCCCGUGCUGUCGUACAACUUUGCCGACGGCGGGGCGACCACCGACUCGGCCAUCGUGGCGCCCUACGCACCCACGGUGCGCAGCUUCGUCGACCAGGUCGCCGUGUUCGAGCAGACGCUGGGCGCGAGGCCGAGGCCCGAUGGCUGGGCGGAUUGGAAGCCCGAGGAUACCCUGUUUGGGGUUUGGAUGGGCGUCAACGACGUUGGCAACUCGCACUGGUUGGCCAACGCGACUGACGUGGUCGAUGCGUUGACCGUGAGGUACUUUGAUGGCUUGGAUGCGCUGUACGAGGCUGGUGGUCGUAACUUUUACCUCUUGACUGUUCCACCAACCGAGAGGUCACCCCUAAUGAUACCCCAAAACCCGUCAGCAACGCUUGUGCCGAUGCUUGAGUACUACCGGAACAGUAUAAGCUCGCGGCUGGCGGUCUGGAAGACCUCGCACGACGAUGCAGACGUCCGGAUCGUCGACUCGGUGCCAGCGUUCAACAUCCCGCUCGAUGAUCCGACAUCGUAUGGAGCGCCCAACGCUUCUUGUUACGGUGCGCCUGGGACAGCCGAGGGAGGCAAGUCGUGUUUGUGGUUCAAUGACUAUCACCCCGCCAUCGAGAUACACAAGUUGGUCGCGGAGGCAGUGGCGGAUGCGUGGAGGGGCAAGUUCUUCUAGAUGCAGGGUAUUCGUCAAUGGAAGAUGGUUGAGCCAGAUGCUCAAACCAUAUGCCUCCUCUUGGAGUCUCUAGGUUGGAUUGAAUGCCUUGGUCAGCCUGCCUGUCAUUGGAAAUAAUCUUUUAGUGCUAAUAGAAGAUUUCGUUACUGGAAGUUAUUCCGAGGAAAAUGUCACAAAAUUAGAAUGAACAAGACGAACAGAAGUCAAGAAAGCGACACAAAAAGAUGGCAGCUGUUGUCGUUCAUUGAAUGCCUAUAAGAGUUCUAACACUAAAAAAUAAAAUGCGG